CGGUUCCUAGAUUUUGAUUGGAAUACUUGCCCGUCCAUUAAUCCCUCCCACCAAUAAAAUAGAGCUUUUUUAUUAACUCCCCGCCCUCGCUGUCCCCUUCAAAGAACCCGGAUGUGUGUGUUGAGCGUCGUUUGUUCACGUGUUGUAAACACAGAUGUUGGGAGUGGAGUUGCUGCUGCGAGUUUUCGUGCCAAAUCACAACUGUACUGUUUACCUCCGAUUGCACUUGGAUUAAAGUGAACACUCACUGGUGAGACAUGGCAGAGGGAGGUUUCGACCCAUGUGAGUGCAUCUGCUCCCAUGAGCAUGCAAUGAGGCGUCUUAUCAACCUGCUCCGGCAAGCUCAGUCUUACUGCACAGACACAGAGUGCCUUCUGGAACUGCCAGGUCCAAGUGGGUCCGGGGGAGCAGGAGGUGACUUCAGCUUCCCUAUGAUCGUGAUAGGAUGGAUGGUGCUGGCUCUGCUUCUGUUCUUGCUGCGUCCUGCAAGUCUCCGACGGCCUCGUAUCGCUGCCAAGCCCACCGGACCAGACAAUAGUGAUCAGAGAGAGCCGCCAGCGCCACCUGUUGAUUAACACCGGUAUCUGCUGGAAUCCCCUGACUGAGUGGAACCACAGUGGAUGCUGACUGGGCCCUGAGGCAGUCGGCCCUCAGAAAUAACAUUCGGCAUUCAUGUUUUCGUACUCGAGAACGUCUGUCUGUCGGGAGUGAACUUCUCUUUGUGAAUCAAAUUCAAUUGCUGAACUGCAGGAUGGUGGCUUAUGAUGAUGCAAAUUCUAUUUUUCCCUUUUUUUCAGUGCAGAGGUUGGAUCUAGUGCAGCGUGAAAAUGGAUUUACGGUUCUGAUCCAAAACAUUUAGACAAAGCUAAGAUGGCUUCUUCAUCUGGUGUUGAUGAACGGUUACUGUGAAUGGUUUAGUGCCAAAAGCUGCGUUAUGGUUGUUUGUCUAGGUAGAGAAUGAUAUACAGCAGCAACAAUAAAAGUGUAUUUCCAGUCUUAAUUUUUCCCCGACACCAAGUUGUGACAUGACCUGUAAUGAAUGACCUGCUCUGGGUUACUGGUCCUUCAGAAGCAAUCCAGUCAGUCAUUUCAGAUGGGUGCCUUCAAGUAAAUGUUAUUUACUCUAUUUUUUUUUACCACAGAAUUGUCACUUACAAGUUAACUAGAUGCUUGGCCUGUACAAUUCCAUUAGCUCUUUGUUUAAAGGUUUAAAUCCAAGGGACCUUUCUUAGCACUUUAACUGUUACUAUGUACUAACCAGUUAUGUCAGAUAACUACGACAGAUAGGAUGCUGUGAAUUAUCAGAAAUACCGAUGUACUGUGGCAAUAGUAAAUGAUUUCUUACCUGACUGUUAUAAUAAAUCUUUGAAGAAGGAAAUGGAAAAAUAGGGUGAGCACAAGGGUGGGAUAAUGUUGAGAGUUACUAUAUCAUUACGGUUUGAAAUCACAAUGUGUCUUUCUUUUGAUUUGUUUUGAAACGGCAAUGUUCCAUGUUUCCUUCAAAAUACAUAUUUACCAUAGGAUUCAUUUUUCCCUUUCGUCUUUCAUAAAAAUCUCACUGAAUGUCGACAUGGUCGUGCCAUUAUUGUUAUUUAGCAUGGCCUGGAUGCAGCAGAAGUUUGAAGAAGAAUCAAACUUUCCUCAACUUUCACUAACAGUGCUAUGUGCCACUGCCUGAGCUGAUCCGUCUGCCUAAUGGAAUAAGAAGUUACCGACUAACUGGUUUACUGGUGAGCGCAUGUGCACAUGGUUAUAUCUUGCAACUUUGUGAAUUGAUUUUUUUUAUUAUUAAAGUAAUAAUUUUCAUUGUAA